AGUCUCCUAGAGGAGGAGUUAACUGCAUGUCUCUUUCUGCAGGGGUGACUGCUGGUCUCUCCUGCUCCAGUAACUGGAGGCACAAGUUCCUUCUUCACCAGCCUCAACUUCAUUUCUCAGAGGGUUUGGGCUGUGUUGUGCUGCUGCAGCCAUGGCACCCAAGAAGAACAAGACUACCAAAAAGAGUAAAGGAGACAUAAAUGAAAUGACCAUCAUGGUUGAGGACAGCCCCAUCAAUAAAAUCAACGGGUUGAACACGCUGUUGGAAGGAGGAAAUGGCUUCAGCUGCAUUUCAACUGAAGUCACUGAUUCUGUGUAUGCCCCAAACCUCCUGGAGGGUUUGAGCAACAUGAGACAGGAUAGCUUCCUCUGUGAUCUAACGGUCGCCACCAAGUCAAAGUCAUUUGAUGUACACAAGGUUGUCAUGGCCUCUUGCAGCGAGUACAUAAGAAACAUCUUGAAGAAGGAUUCGUCCCUCCAGAAGAUCGAGCUGAACGACCUUUCACCAGUAGGCCUCGCCACAGCAAUCACAUAUGCUUACUCUGGAAAGCUUACCCUGUCACUGUACAGCAUCGGCAGCACUAUUGCUGCAGCCAUGCUGUUGCAGAUUGGCACCUUAGUGAAGAUGUGCAGUGAUUUCCUCAUGCAGGAGCUCAGCGUGGAGAAUUGCAUGUAUGUGGCCAAUAUUGCUGAUGCCUACGACCUCAAAGAAACCAAGGAGGCAGCCCAAAAGUUCAUGAGGGAGAACUUCAUCGAGUUUUCUGAGAUGGAGCAGUUCCUGAAGCUCACCUAUGAGCAGAUCAGCGAUUUCCUCUCGGAUGAUUCCCUGCAUCUUCCUUCUGAGAUCACAGCCUUCCAGAUCGCCAUGAAAUGGUUGGACUUUGAUGAGAAGAGGUUGAAGUAUGCCGCAGACCUCCUAACCAACAUUCGCUUUGGCACUAUCUCUGCCCAAGACCUGGUGAAUCAUGUCCAAAGUGUGCCUAGAAUGAUGCAAGACUCUGAGUGCCACCGUCUCCUUGUUGAUGCCAUGAAUUACCAUCUGCUGCCAUACCAACAGAACAUACUUCAGUCACGCAGAACAAAGGUACGUGGCGGACUCAAGGUGAUACUCACAGUGGGUGGACGCCCUGCCUUGACAGAGAAAUCUCUCAGCAAAGAUGUUCUUUACAGAGAUGCAGAUAAUGUGUGGAAUAAGUUGACCGAAAUGCCAGCAAAAAGCUUUAAUCAGUGCGUGGCAGUCUUGGAUGGCUUCCUGUAUGUGGCAGGUGGUGAGGACCAGAAUGAUGCAAGGAAUCAGGCUAAACAUGCUGUUAGCAACUUCUGCAGAUAUGACCCCCGCUUCAACACUUGGAUUCACUUGAGCAACAUGAUCCAGAAACGUACCCACUUCAGCCUCAACACCUUCAAUGGCCUCUUGUUUGCUGUCGGAGGGAGAAACGCUGAUGGUGUUCAGGCCUCAAUGGAGUGCUAUGUGCCCUCCUCCAACCAGUGGCAGAUGAAAGCUCCCAUGGAGGUGCCCCGCUGCUGUCAUGCCAGCUCUAUCAUCGAUGGCAAGAUCCUGGUAUCAGGAGGAUACAUCAACAAUGCCUACUCCAGGGCUGUGUGCUCGUAUGACCCCUCAACUGACACCUGGCAGGAUAAGAGCAGUCUGAGCACACCUCGAGGCUGGCACUGCGCUGCCUCUGUGGGAGACCGAGCCUACGUCAUCGGUGGCAGUCAGUUGGGAGGUCGUGGUGAGAGGGUGGAUGUCCUCGCUGUCGAAUCUUACAACCCUCACAAUGGGCAGUGGAGCUACUGCACACCUCUUCACACAGGAGUGAGCACGGCCGGCAUUUCAAUUUUGAACAACAAGGUCUAUCUCCUCGGAGGCUGGAAUGAGGGCGAGAAGAAGUACAAGAAAUGCAUUCAGGUUUACAACCCUGACCUCAAUGAAUGGACUGAGGAUGAUGAGUUGCCAGAAGCUACAGUCGGCAUUUCAUGCUGUGUCGUCACCAUACCCACACGGAAAACACGAGAGUCCAGAGCCAGUUCAGUGUCUUCUGCACCAGUCAGUAUAUAAGGCCUUAGGUGAUAUUAGUUUAUGUAGUUUACAUGUCUAAAGGUCUCCAGCUUUUCUGUUACAUAAAUAUUGAUUCUAGACUCUACCAACAGUUUUUUUUUUUCAAGAGCUAAGAUGGCUAGGUUUGAUCAACUUUCUUAAAAUAGGGGGGGUAUUAUAUAUUUUCAUAAUUUAUAAUUACUCAAUACAAUUGGCAUCAUUAAGAUCAGAUAAUGUUUAUGAUAGAGACAAAGUGGGCAUAACCAAUUUCAUAAUUUUUAGACAGAAAUUUACUUUUGGGGCCAAUUCAGUUGGGGUAAUUAAACCAGAAAUGCUAUAGAAGCUAUACAAAUGCAAAAUCAUGCUGUUGUUAUGAUUACCUGUUAUAUAACUGUCUUUUUUACCCAGUGCCAUGAAAUUAAUUGCAAAGUGUUGUCUGUUUGCAACACUGUGUUAUUAAUAUUAAAGGAUUUUGUGACAAUCUUGUUUAUGGUGACUAUAGCUACUGUGAUUCACAGAUACUUGAAGAAAAUAAUAAGCAGCAAAAAGCUGGAGCUGAGGUGAUGGCACCACCUACCAGGAGUAGGUACUUGUGAUUAGUGUUUAAACAGACUGCACAAUAAGGCUGCAGUUACUCUAUGCACACCUCAUGUACAGUAUCUAGUAGUCUUGUUGUGUGAUUGUCAUAAACACUAACACUAUCAGGAUCCUGUAGGGAAAAUGUUGGAAUAAUGGAGGUUGAAUGGGUUUAGCUGUGACAGAAAGAAACUAUUUUGUAAAAAAGAUUAAGAAAAAUAUAACUUGAGAAUGAUGUUGUCAGCCUGAGCUUUCCUGGAGGUCACUACUUAUGAAUUCCCUGACUGCUCACGUCUUUCAAAUCUUUGUUUGUUUUUAAAUUAAAGAGAUGAAGUGUAAGAUA